UUCAAUUGACAUAUAUCAAAUAUUGAUUGAUUAAUAAUAAUCAUGCAAAGACAAAGAUUUGAAUCAUUAUGGCAAGAUCGUGAUAUACGUUUUGAUGCACCAUCAUCAGAAUUAUCAUAUCGUAAUGGUGAAAAAUUGAUUGAACAAUGGCCAAAAGUUGAAGAUACAAAAGGUAAUACUGGUGAAAUUGGCCGCUUAAUGGUUACAAAUCUUCGUCUUAUAUGGCAAUCAUUGAAUAAACCACGUAUUAAUCUAAGUAUUGGUCUUGGCUGUAUUUCAACAUUAACUAGUCGUAUGAUACAUACAAAAUUACGUGGUAAAAAUGAAUCAUUAUAUAUGAUGACCAAAGUGAAUGGUACACGUUAUGAAUUCAUAUUCAUCAGUCUGGAACCAAUACCUGGUGUAUCGAAAGAUAUAAUUGAAAUGAUUAGCCGUAUAUGUAAAGCAUAUGUACAGACAAAAUUAUUUCGUGAUCUAAGACUUCGAUCGGCAAUAAUGUCAAUUGAUCAAAAACAAUUGAAAAUGUUAUCAUCGGAACAGAUUUAUAAUGUUAUCAAUGGUGUUUGGAAUCUUUCAUCUGACCAAGGAAAUCUUGGCACAAUGUAUCUAACUAAUAUUCGUAUUGUUUGGCAUGCAAAUAUCAAUGAAUUAUUCAAUAUAUCAUUACCAUUCAUUCAGAUACGUAAUAUUAAAGUACGUGAUUCAAAAUUUGGUAUUGCAUUAGUUAUUGAAUCAAGUGAAUUAUCUGGUGGUUAUGUUCUUGGUUUUCGUGUUGAUCCUGUUGAUAAAUUAAAUGCCGUAUAUGAAGAAUUGAAUAAUUUGUACACGGUUCAUGUGACAAAUCCAGAUUUUGGUGUACAUCAAGCAUUAACAAUGGCCGGAAUGGAUUUCAAUGCAAACACUACCAACAAUACAAAUACUGCUGAAGAAUUUGAUGAUCCAAAUUCAUUGAUGUUUAUGAAUCGUGAAAAUGCAGGAAAUUAUCAAGAAUUAUUAGAUGAAAAUAAUGCUGAUGGUAAUGAUAGUGGACAAAACACUCGUGGUGGUGGUGGUGGUGGUGGUCAUAGUGGAAACAAUUAUGAUCCAGUUCUUGCAUAUCUAGCCGAAGGUGAAUCAUCAGAAAAACGUUCACAUCAAUGGACAUAUGAUCCAACAAUUGGUUUAUCAAUUGAAAAUAUUAAAGAUGGUUUCACCAUUGAAUCAUUAUGGGAAGUAGUUGAAAAUGUUAAUUCAACAUCAAAAUCAUCAUAGAAUUCGCAAAUUUGAAAAAUAAAAAUAAAAACAAAACAAAAAAAAAAUAAAAAUAAUUGUAAUCAAUGCCAUCUUUUGAUGGAUUAAAUAAUAAAUUCUUAUUGAGUUUUGUUCUUCUGUUUAUUUACACCCGAAAAAGAA